UAGGAAAAUGUGACUGUUUCAGGAAGGUAACAAAUUAAAAGAUAACAUUUUUUGCAACAGUAAAAAACAACAACGAAUUAUGAAGUAAUUAUGAUUUUUUUCUUUUUUUCUUUUUAGAUUGUUUGGUCACACUCUUCAUCUCCUCGGUGUCCUCCAGCCACUUAUUUGCAGCUUCUUCUCUGCAGUGAAGUCCAGGAUGGGAGUGGUGUUCGACUUUAUGCUUUUGUGUGUGUGUUUGUACAUGAGCGUGAGCGUGUGUGUUUGUGUGUGUGUGUGUGUCAAAGGGUGUGAUUCUCAGCAACCUGUUGCCAUGGCCACCAAAACAAGGAUUCUUUCCUGCAUCAUUCCUCCCAGUGAGGACGUACAGAUUCUUCCUUCUUCUUCCUUUGUCGUUCUCACAUGUUUACUGCACCAUCUCUCCCUCACACUGUGUCUGAGUUUGGACACACAAGCACAGUACAGUGUGAGCACAGCAGUUACACACAUGCAAAUGCACAUGGACAGUUAAAUCCCUAAUGCUGUGAAAAUUGAAAACAGGAAUUUAUUACUACAUUAUUUGCAAGUGUUUGCAUUUAUUGUCAUUUCCAGCGUGUGUAAAAUUAUAGACCUGUGUCUAAUCCAUCCAUCCUAUAGUGAGAGAGUUGUUUGCAACUCUUUUUCUUUCUGUUCUCUAUUUUUUCUUCUUCCUUUUUGUCUUUUUGUCUUUUUCAAAUAGUCUCUCUCUCUCUCUCUCUCCCUCGCCUUCUCUCUCACACACACACAGAGAGAUACAAACAUACCAGAUGUAGCACUCUCAUCGCCACCUUUCAUCACUGCUGUACAUCCCAGUAGAUGUGAAGGAGAGGGGAGGGCAGUAUGUGUUAAUGAAGGGAUGACGGGAGGAGGAGGAGGUAAAGUGGGAAUGAUCUGAAAGAGAGGGGGAUGAAAAGUGAGAGGGGAGUCAGGGAGGAGGGAGUGGUUAGAGAACAGGACGGUAGAGUGUUACACAAGCGUCCGUCAGAGGGCUCGAAGCUCUUGGAGCAUCAGGAGCGGGUGACAGAUGAAGAAUCGGGGAGGAAUCCUGGACAUGGCUUUAAAUCAUCCCUCCAUCUCUACGUAACUCAGCUCUCCUCCUACCUCCUCCUCCUCCUCCCUCCUCCACACUGCACUGGGAUUCCCCCAACUUUGAGGCUUCCCCCUCUCUCCUUCUCCCUCCUCCUCCUUUCACGCUCUAGCUUCUUUUUGCCGUAUAGCUGCGUUCAUUUCGAUCGCUCCUCUAUCAGGAGCGGCGCAGCAGAGAUGCAGGGACUGAAAACUCUGCUCUGAAAACAAGCACAUUGACUGACAUUUCUCUGCAUGUGCACACAGGAGUGCAGAGAGUGACUGUGGAUCUGUGGGAGCCAGGGCAUGAAGCACAGAUGGAGCGGUGUCUUCUGUGUGUGACAGGUAACGCCGGGUACCCAGCUGUGCAGCAGCAGCAGCAGCAGCUUCCUGCCUGAAAAAGUGUCUUUAAAAUGUGAAGUUUUUCAUCCUCUUGUGCUGGCCACAGAUGGUUGAAGGUGUCGUUGGUGUUGGAGCGCCUGAUCCUGUUCAGAGUCAGUCCAGGAUGGGUUGUGUUUGGCUCCUUCUCCUUCUUCUUCCAUUGCUCCUGAGAGCACAGCUGACCCCAGACAUUACUGCUGCAUCCCCAGUGGAGUUGGACAAAGAAACCAGACCUCUGGCCAACAGCACAAGAGCUUCAGAUGUCGCCCCCAGCUCACCCAGUACCCUCGGACCCUUAGAACCUUCUGGGUUUGGAGCCACAGAAGCUCCCACUGAGGUGGUCGAUGACUGGUCACCAGCAGAGGUCUACUUGUACACCGGCGAUGCCUCCACCCUCAAAGUGACUCGCUGUUCGAGGGCUUACAGCGCACAGGGGCAGAACGGAUCUCUGCCUCGCAGCUUCAGCGCCCCCCUCAGGCCCGCUCUGGAUGCACUGACUACAACUGCCAACAUCCUAAACAUGAUAUUCCAGGCCAGCGACCUGCGGGAGAGCACAGUGCAGGAAGACAUUGAAUGGUACCACGCCCUGGUCCGUGCCCUGCUGGAGGCCGACUCGCUCAUCCGACAGGCCGUGCUCACCUUUGACGCUGACCCUACCGCCUCGGUGCCCCAACUGGUGCUGCGUUCCACCCGCAAACCCAUGGCUAAGGUGCAGUCCAUCGUUCUCCAGGACUUAUCCAAGGCCUGGGGGAGUCUGCACCCACCGGCACCAGCACCCGACGACAGUUGGUUUAAAAGACUGAAGUUCCCCGACUCUAACACGGCAUCACCAGCUCUGUCCAAGCGGGUCCUCUUCAACGACCUCAGCACCUUGGACACACCAAAGUGGGCGCAGGGCGACAGCUACGUGACCAAUAUCAGCGGAGUGCGCUGGGCCAACGCUCCCUUUCUGGACUGUAAGGAUGGACGGUUCGUGCCAGGCUGGAUGCUCACACUGUCCACGUCCUUCUACGGCCUUAAGCCCGACCUCACACCUGAGUUCAGAGGUGUGGUCCGUGUGGACGUCAACGUUCAGGACAUGGACUUGGACCAGUGUGCCACAGGUGACAGCUGGUUUGCUGACACACACCAGUGCAACCGCACCACCAUGGAGUGCAUACCAACACCAGGUCGAGGUUUUCGACUGGGUCAGUACUGCUGUGGCUGUAAGGAAGGAUACUACAACCCAGACAACGUUCCUGGAGAAUCAGAUGGUGGCCCUGUGAACCGCAGCGACAACGGCACUACGUGUUACCCGAACAUGCCCAUCUGUCUCCCAUGCUGGCCGGGCUGCAAGAGCUGCCAGGAUGGCACCCCCUGCUGGGUGCAGCAGAACUGGCUACUCAGGGCCGCCGUGUUGGCCGUCCAGGGGGUCUUCAUGACCCUGGUCUUCGUCAGCAUGCUGGCAGCGUACAGGCAUCGACGUAACAGGAGGAUCCGAGCGUCCGGCCUCCUGCUGCUGGAGACCAUCCUGUUUGGCUCUCUGCUCCUCUACUUCCCAGUCUUCAUCCUGUACUUCAGGCCGAGCACCUUCAGAUGCAUUCUGCUGCGCUGGGUCAGAAUGCUUGGCUUCUCUAUAGUCUAUGGCACAGUCACACUGAAGAUGUACAGGGUUCUGAAGGCGUUUCUGUCACGCACCGCCCAGAGAGUUCCCUACAUGUCCAGCCUCCACCUCCUGAGGAUUCUGGGAGUGAUGCUAAUGACCGUCAGCUGGUUCUUGUGUGCGUGGACAGUCGGUGUCCUCCAGAACCGAGACAGGAACAUUCCAGUGUUUGUCACAGGAACCACAUCAGAUGGACAGGGUUUCAACCUGUGUUACCUGGAUCGUUGGGACUACAUGAUGGCCGUGGCUGAACUUCUGUUCCUCUGCUGGGGCAGCUCCCUGUGGACCGCUGUCAGGACGGUGCCCUCAGCCUUCCACGAGCCUCGCUACAUGGGCAUUGCCAUCCACAACGAGCUGCUCCUCUCCUCUAUGUUCCACUUGUUCCGAUUCACCUUCAUCUCUCUGCAUCCUGACUGGAUGCUGCUGCUCUCAUUUACACACACUCAUGUCACCAUCACUGUGACCCUGGCCCUGCUCUUCAUUCCCAAGUUUCUCUACGUCUCCAAACCUGGGAGAGAGGAGAUUGCAGCCGAGGUGUAUGAGGAUGAAGUGGACCUACGGAGAGCCGGCUCUUACCUAAACAGCAGCUUUCACUCUGCGUGGAGUGAGCCCGGUGUUGACCCAGAUGAUUUUCGGGAUGAACUGAAGAAGUUAUAUGCCCAGUUAGAAGUCCACAAGACCAAGAAAAUGGCCACCAACAACCCUCACCUGUCAAAGAAGCGCAGCUCUCGAUGUGCGCUGGGGAGGUCUAUCAUUAAACGCAUCGCCGAGAUCCCGGAAAGCAUGAGCCGACAGUGCAGCCGCGAGGAGAGGGACGGCUCCUUCCGCAGCAGGAGUGUCAAUAUGUCAGAUUCUUUCCGGAGGGGCCCAGAUACAGUCAGUAUCAGUUACAGGAGCUCGACGAAAUCCCCUUUACCAUCACCAUCCAUUCACAAAUCCCAAAGUGAUCAUCAUUAUGUCAAAGAAAGAGAAUCCUCCCUGUGCGGAUCAAUGUUGAAGGCGAAUAUCAUUAAGAGAUCGUCCCAGAGGUCGGAGACAGACUCUUUAGAUAUUCCACAAGGGGUCUGCAAAUCAGCCAGUGCCCAGAAUCUGACAAUUGACACAAAUCUGCUACAUCCCGAUCACACCAGGCUUCAUAAGUCCUGGAGUUUAACCUCCACUACCAACCAUUCUGCUGAGAAUGUAUCCCAGGUAAACAGAGGAAGUACAGUGCUGACAAGAUCUAGGCAGAGUAUCAGUGAUCAGACCCGAAGUGCUCUCCUGUCCGAGUCAUUUGACAAAGCUGAGGUCUGUCCUUGGGACAUAGAUAAAGAAACAAUAGGAGACAAGAACCAGAAGCAUGUCAGCUAUGCAAACUCUGAGGACCAUGAGACACAAAGACCUGCAUCCCCACUGGCAUUGGUCUGUCCCUGGGAUCAUUUAUCGCCCAUCCAGAAGACCCCCUCAGAGGACAACGGGCUUCUCUGUGAGUCACCCCAACCACAAGUGUCUGUGUCUGCAAGCGCACCAGUCUCUCCAAGACCAAAGAUCACCAAAGAUCAGCGUGUGUUCUCCUUCCGCAAUGCCACCACUAAGUUGCUCUCUGUGAAAUCAGUAAUCGGAUCCAUGGACGCUGGUAGUAGAUCCAGUAAGGAAUAUUUAAAUAAACAGGAUUCCGUCUCCCAUAUAAGUCAGGGAAGUGCUUCUCCAAUGCCAAGGACAGGGACAUCCAGUAGACGCCCGAGCGUCGACAAGAAGACACUGCAGAAGAGAAGUAUGACAACAGCAGAUGGGAAACCAUGUCUUGUAAAGCAGAAUGCGGUCAGGUUGUCUUCAGGAGAUUCUUCAGACAGAAGUCCAAGAAGGCUUGUGAUUGUAAAGUCUGUUGUUUCACCUUGGGACGUGGAUGAUAUACAAAAAGACGGUAACUAUGAAAAUGUCUUUUUGUCCAGACAGAACAGCAAACGCAGUAGUAUUAGUUCAUGGGACACUGCAAGCAGUUCGAGAACUCCUUCAACUAACAGAAGAGGUAGUUAUUUAAUCACACCAGUCCGUAAAGCUUCUCAUGCAGAUAUUUGUCCGUGGGAAGUUGGAAGCACUUUACUGCCAGGAGAAGGACAAAGGCUGCAUCAAGGCAGCAAAGUCGAUAUCUGUCCUUGGGAUUCUCAACCGACCGGACGAUCUAAUGUAUGUCCAUGGGAGCCUCAGGAGCUCGGAACCAUAAGAAGACAAGGGAGUGGCCGAGCUGAAGUGUGUCCAUGGGACUCCUCGGAUAAUUCUGCUAUUUCACAAACUGCGUUGUCCAUGGAGUUAGUUAGACAACAGUCUGUACAACGUGCAACGUGCAAUAACGAACACGCUAAUAUUUGUCCGUGGGAUGUUCAGGAAAAGCCAGAGGUUGUUUAUGAAAAUAUAAAUCCUGUGGAGACCAAGGGAGCAUUGACUGUACCCAGUCGACCGGGGGUUCAAAGACCUGGCGUUCAUCCUGAGCAAAAAUGUCAAACAGGGUCUUCUCACCUGGACCUGGGUAAACCAGUGAACAAAACGGCAGACAGUUGCCCAUGGGAUUUCCCUGAGCCUCCUAAAAUUAUGGAUGUUAUUUCUCCAUGGGAAGAAGGAAGCACAGGACCUGCAAAUCAAAACUCAACAUCACAAAUGACCAUCAAGGUGGACAUUUGCCCCUGGACAACUGGAAAUCAAGAUAAAAAAGAGAACUCGAAGAAGGUGGAAUUAGGAGAACCAGGGACCUACAGAACAUGCCAGGGUCAAAUAACACAAGAUCCACCUCGGGCAAAUAUCUGUCCAUGGGAGACUGAGGACGGGGCAGUACCUAAAGCAUCAGAGAAAUUGGAACAAAGACAAGAAAGAUCUCCUGAAAGUGUUCUGAAAAAGCAAGAGAGUGUGCGAGCAGAUGUUUGUCCCUGGGAAACGGACAACACAAAGUUUGCUAAGAAGCAAGAUAGCAUUAGAGAAGAUGUGUGUCCAUGGGAGACAGAAGAACCAAAGGUUCUCAAGAAACAAGAUACCUCGAGAGCAGAUGUUUGUCCCUGGGAAACGGACAAUACAAAGUUUGCUAAGAAGCAAGAUAGCAUUAGAGAAGAUGUGUGUCCAAGGGAGACAGAAGAGCCAAAGGUUCUCAAGAAUCAAGAUAGCUCGAGGGAAGAUGUUUGUCCAUGGGAGACAGAAGAACCAAAGGUUCUCAAGAAUCAAGAUAGCUCGAGGGAAGAUGUUUGUCCAUGGGCCACAGAAGAACCAAAUGUUCUCAAAGAGCAUGAUAGUUCUCGAAAAGACAUUUGUCCAUGGGAGACAGAAGAACCAAAGGGUCUCAAGAAACAAGAUCGCUCGCGGGCAGAUGUUUGUCCCUGGGAAACGGACAAUACAAAGUUUGCUAAGAAGCAAGAUAGCAUUAGAGAAGAUGUGUGUCCAUGGGAAACAGAAGAACCAAAGGUUCUCAAGAAUCAAGAUAGCUCGAGGGAAGAUGUUUGUCAUGGGACACAGAACUGGGACACAGAACAAACAAAGGUUCUCAAGAAACAAGAUAGCUCCAGGGCAGAUGUUUGUCCAUGGGACACAGAAGAACCAAAUGUUCUCAAAGAGCAUGAUAGUUCUCGAAAAGACAUUUGUCCAUGGGAGACAAAAGAAACAGACAUUGCCAAAAAUCAAGUGAGUGGUACAACAGACGUUGGUGUGGCAGAUUCAAAAGCAUCAACUGAUGCAGAUAUUCCCAACAGUGAGAAAGAUAAAAACAACCAAGUUCUGGGAGAAGACGGUGUCCAGCCUCCGGCCGACAUGAACACAGAACAAAUGGAUGCUUCCAAUUCUAAUUUAACUCUGGGAAGGCGUGACGCUCUGUGUCCCUGGGAGUUGGUGAGGAGCAGAUCUAGUUCUUUCACAGAUGCUUCAGAUGUUUUUACAUGGGAACCUGAAAAUAUUCCAGAGGAAGAUGAAGAGGAUGACGCAGAAUGUGCCGCUGAGGCGCUGGUAUUCCCACCUGACUUGUAACGGGAAUCUGACCAGCAGUCACAUUUCUCUAUUUAACAUACGUAGAAGGUGAACUUGAUGGAACAACGGUGUGCAGUAACCUGCUUAACUUUAAACUCUGUGAAUGCCUGAGCUGAGAAACAGCUCCACCUGCAGGUGGAAAAACCAAACUAAUGAGGACGUGGACUUUUAAGUUGUACAAAACUAAUUGAUCAAGAUUUUUUUUUUUUUUUUACUGAAGCACACAUUGCAGACUUAUUUAGUCCAGCAAGACCUACGAGGAGCUAACCUACAGACCUACAGGAAAACUGUAAAAAUCUAAGACCAUUUUAUUGAAUCCUAUUUUCUUCCUGCUUCAACCCCCCUGUUUAUAUAUUGAAAGUGUUUUGUGUCUUUUGCAUAGUUUAUUGUACAUGGUUAAGAGUGAGUGUACCACGAAGUAUGAAUCUAAAUAAUCAGAUCAGGUCUGCAGCCAGUGCACACACAGGUUCACAGAGAUCAUUCUUUUGAUUCCAUGUAGACACACACAUAUAUGUGAAUACAUACACACUAAGGCUCUGUGGUGCAGUUCUGUGUAUGUGCCAAGACAGAGACAAUUAUUUAUAUAUGAAUACUUCUAUAUAUAUUUAUUUAUAUAUAUAUAUGAAUUAAUACGUACUCAUGACAGUAACUCAUUUUUAAAACUGUUGUACAAUCACUUAUUCUGUGAAUUUGUCCAGGGAAAUCACUACAUCAGUUAUACAGU